AUGCCUUCCACAGCGUACUCUUCCACUCCCCCCAAAGUCACACCGGCCUCGCGCGAAGGCGAUCCCAACUAUAAGGCGCCAAUCUUCCCACUAGGCCCUUUUACCAAGUACUCUGGCAAUCCAUUACUCAUUCCAAACCCGGCGAACGAAUUCGAAUCGGCAUACAUCUAUAAUGCUGCCGCAAUUGUGUUGGACGACACGGUCUUUCUGCUCUAUCGCGCCCAGAACGCCGCUAAGGUGUCCACCAUUGGUCUAGCGUGGUCAUCGGAUGGCUACAAUUUUACACGUCUGGAUCGUCCAAUUUUGGAGCCGAGCAAGCCAUGGGAAAUGGGCGGUGGUGUGGAGGACCCGCGUGUGGUGCGCAUCGACGGCAUCUUCUACAUGACCUAUACCGCGUGGGAUUUGAAGGUGCCAAAACUCUGCCUCGCAACAUCCACCGAUCUGGUACACUGGGAGAAGAGGGGUAGUCCACUGUUCCCAGAUUUUAUCGACGUCGACGACGCUCUGGAUGGGCGGAUCAAAGUGCGUUUCGGCCACUCCAAGUCCGGCGCAAUCUUCCCAGAAAAGACGGCAAACGGAAAAUUCAUGAUGAUCUUUGGUGAGGCAUAUCUCUGUGUGGCUGAGAGUGAAGACUUGAUCAACUGGAAAGCAUGGCCCUUCAACGAGUAUUUUGCAAGGGGUGUCCAUGAGUGGGAGAAUCGACUUUUGGAACCCGGUCCAACCCCAAUCAAGACCCGUGAUGGCCGGUGGAUCCUGGUGUACAAUGUUGCCACGAAGGGUGCUUCUGGUUUCAAGUUCAACCAGUAUUCUAUCAGCCAGAUGUUGAUCGACCUCGAAAAUCUUAAAGAUGGCCCGCUGGCUCGCCUCGACCGACCGUCAGUUGUCGUGUCUUCAAAGAACGAGCAUCUUGGACAGGUCAAUGAAGUCGUGUUCUGCGAAGGGAUGGUACAGUUCAAGGGGAAAUGGUUUAUGUAUUAUGGACAAGGAGAUAGCGAGCUUGGAGUUGCAACAGCCGAAGUCCAGCCCUGA